AUGUUUCGUCCAGGUUUCGGAGGCUUCGACCCCGAAGACCCCGCCGCCAUGUACAACCUGGCGCGUACGGGUACGAUGCGUGGCCCGCGCCGCUUCGACGAGUACUUCCGUUGCUAUCCUCUGGUCAUGGCACCGGGAGCAGAGAGACCCGAGCUGAACUACGGUUCCAAGAUAUUCCUACCACCGUCCGCCCUCCAGAAGAUCUCCACCCUCCACGUACAAUGGCCUCUCAUGAUGGAGCUGGUUAAUGGCGAUAAGGAGCGCCAGACGCAUGCCGGUGUGCUGGAGUUUGUGGCAGAGGAGGGCCGCGCAUACAUACCACAAUGGAUGAUGCAAACACUACAACUAGAUGUUGGCGAUAUGAUCCAGAUCAAGUCGACUUCUCUUGAGCUUGCCAAGCUGGUCAAGCUCCAACCGCAGUCCACCAACUUUCUCGACAUCAGCGAUCCCAAGGCCGUCCUCGAAAGAGCCUUCCGGAACUUCGCCACCCUGACCAAGGGCGACGUCUUCAACUUCGAGUACAACGAUGAGGUCUACGAGAUGGCAGUCCUGGAGGUCAAACCCGAGACGGAGAAGAUGGGUGUGUGUAUGAUUGAGACGGAUGUGUCGGUCGACUUUGCGCCGCCCGUGGGAUACGUCGAGCCGUCCAAGAGCAGCGGAACCAGCAUACCCAGAAGUACGCGUGGAGGAUUGCCUGCUGGUGGACUUCUACACAACCAGGGGACUAUGGCACAGUCUAUCAACUACGAUGCCAUCGCGCCUGGUGCCUCGACGGCCGCGGCAGGUGCUCGGGCGGUGUCCUCACAUUUCCUUAGUGAAGGACACAAGCUCGUUUCCAAGAAAGGAAGCAAGGCUCCCAUCCCGAAACCUUCCACUCCCGUCGCAAAUGCGUCGUCAAAUACGGCACCCAUUCCCCGCCGAACCACCAACGGACCCAUGCCACUCCGACUGCCGCCCAACAAGCUCUUCUUCGGCUACGAGAUCAAGCCUGUCAAGACGGAUGCCGACAAGGAGGCAGAGAAGGAAAAUGCCAAGAGGCCGUAUUUUGCUGGUCAGGGCCAGACCCUUCGAUCGGGUGCUGUCAAGCGCAAGGGUGACGACGACGACGACGACAAGAGUGCUGACAAAGGCAAGGCACCCGAGAAGAAGCCGGACGAGGGACGUCGGCUCGACGGACGGAAGGCGUAG